CACUAGGAGAAACUUGAGGUGUUAAAACGCACCCAACCAUCCUUCAGAUUGCAAAAUGGUUAAACAAAAAACAUCAAGAAUCUUGAAAGGAAAAAGUAACAAACACGAUGUAAUCGUCGUUAUCAUGACGAUCACAUACAUGGUUGCCAUAGAGACGGCUGCGCAGACUUGCCCUGCCGUUGUACUAGAAACGUCAGUUCGAGGCAAGUUCUUGCAAGGAUUCGAGUACAAGUUCAUAUUUACCGAGAUGUUCCCGGCAUGCAUCUUAGCCUGCAAGAAAGACCCCAGCUGCUUCAGUCUCAAUUAUAAUGGAGCAGCAAGAAACUGCAGUUUCAACUCGCAGACGAAUUUCUCCGCUCCUCAUCGUUUUGUUGUCGACUAUUCUUACAUCUACGAUACUGUCAUAUUCGGACGAGAUCCAACUCCAGUCAAAGGCCUCAAGGCUUCACCAGCAAUUUCUUGUUCGCACGUGUUCAACGUAGGCAGUGGCUUGUACUGGCUUGAUCCUGAACAAGCUGGGACACCUGCACUCUCGCUUUGCGACAUGGACACGGACGGAGGUGGUUGGACGAAUGUUUGCCAGUCUACCCUCUCCGGGAAAUCUAUCCCACCUCGAGAAUACAUCGGUGAUCUCACCACCUCCCUUUCUACCCACUCAAAGAAAGGGCGUAACUUUGCAAUUGUUUCCAGUGUGUUACGGAAAUACAGCCUUACUACGAAUUUCACACAGAUUCGUUUUAGAUGCCGAAAACAAUCCGUCGGUCGCACGAUUGACCUAGCAACCAUAAACAAUGCCGCUGGACGAGAUGCAGUGCGUUACUUUAGUGACGACGCUUACGCUAAAAGCACAGCUCCUGUUGCUUGUGGCUCUUUCCAGGCCCUCCCAGAUGAUAACUCGGUUGUCUCCAAGAAUUGUGAGGGGUGGGGUGAGGGCGGGCGCGGCACAUGGGGGCAUGACGUAUUUCAUACAACAAGUGCACGUGUUAUUUCAUUGCCUUUUUAUUUUACAAAUUCGUAUGGCGUUGGAAUGGGAAUUACCGCUAAUAAGAAUUCUUUCAACUGUGAUGACAGUCUUUAUGAUUACUCUGUGAGAACUAGCGAAGGGGACGUAUUCACCAUAUUCAUCCGUUAAAUUACUACAGUUUUCUCAAUUCUGCGAAUUCUCGCCGACGACUUCCAACAGCUAAAAUCGCAUUCCGGCUUUCGUCAACAUUCACCAACAUUUAAACUUGCAAUUCUUAUGCUGCGCGGGGGUUAGGUCGAGUUGAUAAGCGAACAGCCUAUUGGGUAUCAUAAAAUCGUCCCAGCAAGCUGUCCGCUUAUCAACUCGACCCAAUCCCCCGCGCAACGUAAGAAUGGCGAAUGGUUUCCACACGCCACCUUUCCGCAGGCCGCUGACCAACCAAAAAGCACCAGAGUUAAGUAAGUUGCUUUGAAUGACGGGAGCCAGAAAACGGUUUCGAGGUUGGAAAUUUUUGUUCGCAGAGUAUUGGAAAUCGCAGUUAAUAUAAAGUCAAAUUUCGUAUUUGAAAAAAAUUUUCGUUUACC